AUGGGUGAGAGAAUACAACCGGGCAGUUUCUUCCAGUACCCACCUUCUGGGAUUCAUCAUGCUUCUCCUCAUAGAGCCAAUUCGUUUCCUUCAGAUCGUGAGAGGUACUUGGCUGAACUACUAGCGGAGAGGGAAAAAUUGGGGCCAUUUAUACAAGUACUUCCACAUUGCAGCCGGCUGCUUCAUCAAGAGAUCAGGCGAGUAUCAAGUUUCAAUCAGGGUUUUGGAGAGCAUGAAAGAUAUGAGCACGAUAGUCCAUUUAGGUCAUUAGGUCAACAUCCUAAUGGAAGGACAAUGGAUUUGGAAGCAUGGUCUGCUAUGCAAACAGAGGAAAAUGGGCAUCUCCAGAAAAUGGCUUCAUUACAAGCUGCUUCAAUUGGUUGGCCUGCAGUCCCUGGAAUUCCCACAACACCUGUUGUAAAGAGAGUAAUUAGACUUGAUGUUCCAGUUGACAAAUAUCCCAAUUACAAUUUUGUUGGUCGAAUAUUGGGACCUCGCGGGAACUCCUUGAAAAGAGUUGAAGCCUUGACAGAGUGCAGGGUCUAUAUAAGAGGCAAGGGGUCAGUAAAGGACUCUCUCAAGGAAGAGAAAUUGAAAGAUAAACCAGGGUAUGAGCACCUGAAUGAGCCACUUCAUGUCUUGGUGGAGGCUGAGUUUCCAGAGAACAUUAUAAAUGCUCGCUUGGAUCAUGCAAUGACCAUACUGGAAAGCCUUCUGAGGCCUGUGGAUGAGUCUUUAGAUCACUACAAAAAGCAGCAAUUGAGGGAGCUGGCAAUGCUGAAUGGUACACUAAGGGAGGAAAGCCCUAGCAUGAGCCCUAGUAUGAGCCCAAGCAUGUCUCCUUUCAACUCUGCAGGGAUGAAACGUGCCAAGACUGGAAGAUAA